GAGAGAGUCAGACGCACUUCACGCCAGCAGAGGGACGGAGCGACGCGUAUUUCUACCAGGAAAUAAUAUCUUCAUUCCAUCAAACAUGAAGUGGCAAUACAAAGAAGAACAUCCUUUCGAGAAGAGGAGGGCAGAGGGAGAGAAGAUUAGGAAGAAAUAUCCCGACAGAGUACCUGUGAUUGUGGAAAAGGCACCAAAAGCACGAAUCGGCGAUCUUGACAAAAAGAAGUAUUUGGUACCAAGUGACCUCACUGUUGGGCAGUUCUAUUUCUUGAUCCGCAAGCGCAUUCAUCUUCGACCUGAAGACGCGCUUUUCUUCUUUGUUAAUAAUGUUAUUCCUCCAACUUCAGCUACAAUGGGUUCCCUAUAUCAGGAACAUCAUGAGGAUGACUUUUUCCUGUAUAUAGCCUAUAGUGAUGAGAGUGUCUAUGGUGGAGUGUGCUGAGACGUGUUCCUGGAUUUACUAGAGAACUUAACUGGACGACCAUUGAAUGACUGGAUGGCUGUUGUAACCUUUAUGGAUACAAAACCCUAGAAGCAGAGAUGAUGUCAUGAUAUUAGUGGUUUUGAGCCAUGUAGGCAAAACAAGUGGCCAGAGAAUAUGAAAUUGUAAAGGAUGCACUGUCAUGCAGGGUUCAGAAUUACUAGUAACAUUACUAAGGACGGUUUCUAAUUUUUCUGUGUGAAGUGAAAAAAUGCAUUUAUUGCACUGCUUUACCCAGAGGCAUCUUGUGUACUGUUUGAUGGGAUGUUGCACAACAGAUAAGAACUUCCACCAAGUCGUUCUGCAUAUUCCUUCAAAUUGCACCUGGGAUCAUGCCUUACAAGGGAGUUUGUGCUUUUCUUCCCUUGAUGUAUGCCAAAGGUUUGAAUUUUUGGCAGGUUUUGUUUCAGAAUUUGUCUUUAUAUAAUGGGCAAUGUAAUUCAUGAAGAUCCUGUAUCCGAUGGGCUGGGAAACCAGUGCAUCAUAGUCAUUAGUUUAAUCACUGCUUCUUUUUUGUUUUCACAAGUUAUUGUAGAAGUUUAUGAUUAGUCAAGGUUAAGUGGCACAUGUACGAGUUUAAUGUAAAUUUGCCGCAAGUAACAAAACUUUCAUAAUCUUCUGUAGUACUUGAUUUUGAUCUAUAUAAUUGUGAUAUGCCUUUAUUUUGUUUUUUUUUCUUUUUUUUUCUUCUUUUUUUAGCCAAGGGCAAUGUAAAUGAAAUAUCUUCCAGUAUUUUGGUUAAUAUUCAGUCAAGAGAAUCUUUUUUCAUUUUCUUGUAAAUAUGAUUUAUAUCCACUAUAUUUUUGACCGUUCUGUUAUGAUCAUGUUGAAAAACCAAGAAAAAAAAGAAGAGACAAAAUUAAACACGUGAAUGGAAACUGUUAGUGUAUUGAUUAGCACUAACUCCUCUGGACGUAUUACCUAAGUCUGAUAUGUAGUAACUUGUGGUUUAGGGUGUAGUCUAACGUCCUUGGUUUUUCUUUCAGUAUAGUAUAAAAGGUACUAAAAACAAAGAUUUUCUUUUUCUUUGCCAUUAUUACAUAUAUAUAAUGCUACAUUUAAGGAAAUGUAUUACAAAAUAAAAUAAAAUACAGAAAAAAAAA